AUGGCUAGCCCAAGCCGGCCAGAGCCGAUGAAUGCAACGAAACACCAUCCAAAGGUCAACGUGUCGUUGAUACUGGCUGAGUCCUACUUCGUCGCAGGAGAUUAUAUUAGCGGAAAGAUGGAGAUGGAUUGCAAGGCGGAUAAAGGGUUGGGCAUCGGUAUGAUAAUGAUAGAACUAUCCGCUACACAAGAAUUGACUUCAAGGGAUCAUUCUGCACGAUCUACGUUUAUUCAUGCUCGGAGACUAUUCCAGGGCCCCGGACUUCCGCCUUCAAACGCUGUUCAAGCACAUCCUUUGCCCGGUGAUCCUCCACUACCCCUUCACUACCACCAAGCCAAACGGGGCCAUUCGACUUUCUUAUUCCGACUUCCUCUUCCCGCAACGUCGCCGUCAUCUAUAUCCUUCGGCUCUGGCCUUGCUUCCGUGAAGUACGAGAUCCGAGCAAGUGUAGGCGUAUAUUGGAAGGGUGAACGACAGCUUGUAACGGAGAGGAAGGAUGCCGAUGUUGUUGAAGCUUACGAUGAAGAAAGAAUCGGACAGGAUGAGCCAGAAAUUACUGUCGUUGGAGAGAAUGGGAAAAUCUGGUGUCAGGCUAGGUUAAUUGGAGGAAUACUCAUCGCCGGCGAAAGUGCUUGUAUCGAACUGCAGGUUAAGAAUCAUUCUGCGAAGAAGAAUACCGGUCUUUCUAUAUCGCUCAAUCGCUCACUUCAUUUACCAAAUUUACCCGCAGAUGAGAAGCCGCUACACAUAGGCGAUACAGUCACGACAGUGCCAUUCCGUGGGCCAGAAUACAUAAUACCUCCAGGUGUCGAGGGAGUCGCUAGCUUGGUUUUUGACGUACCCAAAAGCGCGAGAGGUGUCAGGGGUGGAUUACUUGUGGGCGAUGAAAGUGAGGCGUUAAAGAAUGGCAAAAGUCCAAGAACAACCCAGGGGCUGUUCGAGGUUAACUGCGUUAUCGCUGUCAAGAUGCUUAUGGGUUUAGGAAAGUUGGUGUUCUCGUUCUCAUGUAAAGAUAUCCUCAUCGAGAUACCUGCUGUAGUCGUUCACCCAAGUGCGCUACCAGAAUUACCUCUACCCGAAGAGCAAGAUCCGGGGUAUACGUACUACGACCAGCAGCAAGUAUACCAGCCAUACACGAUACAAUCACCAUCAACACCUUUUCCUUCCCAAUCACCGUAUCCAGAGCAAGCUCAAGUUCAAGGUGCAUACGUACUAUAUCCUGCAUUGCCAAUGAGCCCAGGGCCUCCUGGCCCUGCUUUGGCCACUGGCUCAUAUGUCGACCCCAAUCAGAAUCUGGUCUGGUUGCCACCUUCCAUUCCGUUCACUCCUACUGUUACUCCCCAGCCCUAUGUUUAUCCUCAAUCACCAAACCACUUGCAUGCUGAAUACGCAAUGAGUUUAGAAAUGCCCGCGUCUUAUCCGCGCGAUGAUGACAUAUUCUUACGUUCUCCACCUCAACCAUCUAACCCGGGACUUCUUUCAUCUUCUACGACGACAGUAGCAGCGUUGUUAUCUCCUCCUCUGCCUGAACUACCUGGACUUCCUCCCCCUUCCACUCAUCAAGACCUGACAUCCAUGUUCAAUUACUCCACUGAGCCAAUAUUGAUGCAUAGUCAGAUGCGUGCACCAUUAUCACCUACAAACGUUGUACCUAGUUCGUCUUCCAGAGUUGUCCCUGGCAUGUACGGUAGUGCCACCGGUUUUGGAGACGCAACCCCUCAAACUGGCAUCGACGGAGAACAGGGGAUGACGCAUCAUACAUCAGCGCGAACAUUACGUGUUACCUCACAAACACAGCGAAGGGGACGAUCAACGUCACCUAUUGGCGGCCAAAGUCAUUCCCUAAACGGCGGCAAUGACGAGCCUACUAGUGCUGGCGUUUCUCAUCCAAUACUUGCGCCAUUGCCUCCACUAAAUCUCAAUUUCAGGCCAACCACGCUGCGAACUCCGCUCCAUUCACCACGUCCUGUCCUGUCCCCGAAACGCUCUUUCACCAAGGUCACAGAAGUAUCAAAUGCAGGCGAGAUGGUUAGUAAGAGUGUUCCGAAGAGCGAGAGGGUAGAGGAGUUGGAGAGGAUGGCGGAUGAAGUAGAAACUAGGGUUAGAGAUCUGAGCAGUGAUCUUCCUCCUUCCAGUGAUCAGAAGCAGCUCGAUGGCUGGGCCGAGGAACCCCCGCCGGUACCAACGAUUACAGACAAAGCUAGAUUACUGUUGACGAAACCGAGAGAAAACGAUUAUUUUUCUAUCGCGCCAGCCCCGAACCAAUCUGCACUUAAUGCGCAUGGUUCCCCAAAGAAAGAUCUUACCAACGGCGACCUUGCAGCUCCUUCUUCAUCUGCGAGCUCCCGUCCUCGUUCCCGGUCUCGUACCCCUCCCACGCCAGCUACGCCUACUCUCACCGCUGUUGUCACACCUAGGAAAUCCCUGGCGACUGGAUAUAUUAACGGAUAUUCAACGAAAGCUGUGAAAGCCGUUAAGGGGAAAAUUGGUAAUGAUCAAAGUCUCCUUGGACUUGGGUUUGGUGUAGAGGGUCGAGCUGAGAGCGGGCUAGAUGCGCUGGAGAGAAAACUCCUCGCAGAGGUUGGGACGCGCAAAAUUGUGGAUGAGAAGAGACCGGACGUUUGGAGUGUCUUGCGAAGUGGAAAAGAAAAGAAUCUUAGUCCUAAUGACACUAGUAACCCUGGCCCUGGCUUUGGUCGCGACUCCGGAGUUGGCGCAGAGAAAACCGAGAAACCUAGUCCCAUUGAGAUUCCUCGAAGGAACUCGGAUCGUGAUCCUUUCAACGAUUCAGCAAUUUCCAGUCUGACGUUACCAGAUUGUGGUGAUAUCGAGCCUGCCGUAUCCAAUUCGAAUGCUCAACCAGACGUGGCGAAUGCGUGGAAAUCAACGGCAGCGAUGGAUAAGGUCCACGGAAAUAGCAAUUUGGAGCUGGAUAGGGAUAGGGAUUCAGAUGAAAAAACCCAUAAAGGGGGACUGAGAAGUAAAAACAAUAAGAGGAAGAAACAUUCAUCAAGGGGGACGUUGAAGGAUGGUCAGGAUGGCAAGGAGGACGAUGAGGGUGAGACAAGAGAGGCUAAGAAGAAGGAUUCGGAAAAGAAGGGCGGCAAGAAGAAGGGCAAAGACCGAUCUAGUGCUUCAAAGGGACGAGUUGCUGCUUGGUUAGGUGGUGUAGGGGCUGAACCUCCCUUAGACGACGUCAUCUCUGCCAGUCCCAGUCCUCAACCUUCGAGGAUAGUUGAGCUGCCAUCUGAUAUCGAGGUACUGGAUAAACCGCACGCUGAUUUACAAAGUGAAUCUCGGGACACAGACAGUUCCAAGGAAAAGGAAAAAGAGCAUCGUAAAGAUUCCGAUACUGCUAUUUUACCACCCAGUCCUGACCCUCGUUCGUCUGGGUUCGUGCCUAUCGGGACUCUCAAGCGUGAUAUAUACCAGCGUACCCUUGUACCCAAAGACUCGCCGAUGGCCAGCACAAGUCCAUCGGAAGACGCCAAGCGCAUCACUGACAUCUGGAAUCAUCGUGAUACUGCGAGACACGCUGGUCCUUCACCGAAAAGUAAUAGUUCCUUAAAUGACCUGGCGAAAAAUCCGUGGCAAAGCGUGGUAGGAAAGGGAAGGUUAUCUGUGCUUCCUCCCGAACGGUCUGAUCCUGAAGUAAAAUACGACAUCAGAUCAGCUAGAGGAGGUAAAGGCGGACGAGUUACUGCUGUCGCGGCGAUUUGGGCGUCUGGUUCGGUUGGUGCUUCCGGUAAAAAACCUACAGCGACCUCACCAUUGUCUACACCUCAUCCCCCCGGUAAAUCGAGCAAAGCUAUUGGGAAGGUGACCUCGCCUUUUUCUGUACCGAAAUUUCCCGUGUCUGUAUCCAGCUCUUCAUCUUCGGCUUCUGGAGAUGGUAUCAGUGGUCAGCGUACCACACCGACACGACGGAACGUUGGCGUCGGUGUCGGUGUUAAGGUAGCAUCUACGCCUGUUCCUGCGGUGAUUUCUUCCUCUUACGCAAAACCUGCUUUGUCUACGACUGCAUCCCUAUCUCGUCCAACCACAGCUGCUUCAAGGGCUUCACCGGUUAAAGUUCCACCCACUAUAAGUGAAUUUCCUUCUGAAGUCCGUUUAGAGAGUAAAUCCUCUGAUCCGACUAGCAAUGUAAAGAUGACAAGGACAGGUCUGGGCUUGGGCGCAGGUAAAGCUGCAAAUAAUCUUCGUGCCGUCACCAAUUCGGAGUCCAAGAAAACUUAUACUCAUGGGGAACAUUUGGCUUUUGGGCAGGCCAGACUGAGGGAUCUCAUCAAGAAAUAUCAGGGAUAA